GAUUGCAAACUGUGUAACAUGGCCAAGAUCAGCAGGACGUGUUAUUGUCAGAUUUUAUGCUAGCCUGGCUGUUUAUACUUUAAUCUGUGAAUGAUGUGAGCUCUAUCACCUAUCAGAAACGAUGUACUUCCCCAUAGGAUGGCCUAGGGUCUUAAGUUUCCCUCAACAAGGUCAAUGUUCUAUUCGCCAAGUAAUAUGUAACAGGGACAAGAUUCUCUUUGCUAUUUUGACAGACGAUUCUCUGUCAAUUUGGUUUUGCAAGCCAUGUCUCCCGAUCGUGUCGCAUCGGCGGCCUGGAGAGUCAGUGCAAGCCAUCGGCAGCAACGAAUCUGUGGAAUGGAGACCAGAUUCCAGUAUGCUUGCGGUCAUUACAUCUGGUGGUUAUAUACUACUGUACCACCUUGGUGUGCGACCUGACCAAAAAGGGCUGUACGAGCAAAUUGAUUCACCUGUGCCUAGCCUUAGGAGAGACAGUGCAGAAUUGUUUCUUCAAGAAUCCAUUCCACCACUUUUGCUAACAUUGGAACAAGAAAUUAGUGUCUUCGACGGUGCCUUAACAUGUAUUGCUUGUAUACGAGAUGAGUUGAUGGUAGCGACUUCUCAAAGCCACAUUCUACGCUAUCGCUGGGAUGGUUCCCAGAAUCGAGAUUACAAUUUGGACCUUCGAAGAAUACCCUUUUGCAUAGAUCAACAAGUUUCCAAAGCAAUACCGAUUGUUGAGGCCAACACCUAUGUUGUUAGCAUUGAUUAUUCACCUCUUGUGGGAGGAUUUGCUGUGGUUCUUAAUGAUGGAAGAGCUGCAUUCCUGACCGCCUCAACUCUUAAAUUUGACCCCAAUCAAGUGCAAGGGAUUUGGGCGCAGAAUAUUGAUGACGCGACAUGUGCUGCUGUCAAUCACAAAUAUCGACUAAUAGCCUAUGGAAGGAAAAACUCGCAAGCUGUUGUGUGUUGCGUUGAUGAAACCACUGGCGGAUUGGAAGUCACUCAUGAAAUGGUGCUCUCACCUAAAGACUACCCUGGGUGCCCAGGAAGAGUUCGCUGCAUUCGAUGGACUCCUGAUGGACGCUGUGUGGCAAUGGCCUGGGCCAAUGGGGGCCUUUCUUUGUGGAGCACCUUUGGAGCCCUUUUGUUGUGCUCCUUGGGCUGGGACUAUGGCUUGCACAGUGAGUCAGCAAGUGCAAGCCUUUUAAAUAUUCAGAGCAUGGAGUGGAGUGCAGAAGGAUACCAAUUAUGGAUGGUUCGUCGAUUUCCUGAUAAAGAUCUAGGUGGUGAUGAUGGUCUUGAACAGCCAUCAGAUGCAGUUGUUCUCCUAGACUUUGUGAAAAGUGCACUAACUGUCAAUCCUUGCAUGGGACACUUAAAUCACCUGUACCUUCAAGGGGAAGACAAACUGUAUAUAAACCUGGGUGCUACCGGCUUGCCUAGCCCCAAAAAAUCUUCAGGAGAUGAAUCAUUGUUUGUGCCAGGUUCUGGUUUGUCAUUUACUGAAACUCCUGUUAACUCUAGCAAAGGUAUAAGCAACAACAGUCAGUUGAUGGGAACCAAACAGUGGGUUGUUGUGCCUUUGCCCUCAACAUAUUCAGCUGCAAAUUGGCCCAUUCGAUACACUGCCAUGGAUCUUUCUGGAGAGCACUUAGCAGUUGCCGGUCGAGCAGGUCUGGCAUUGUAUUCUGUGGGAACACGUAGAUGGAAGCUAUUUGGAAGUGAAAGUCAAGAAAGAGACAUCAUUGUAUCAGGGGGGUUAUUGUGGUGGGGCUCUUAUAUCGUUCUUGCUGCAUACAGUGUUGCAUCAGACUGUGACCAACUACGUCUGUAUCCUAGAGAUUCGAAACUUGAUAAUUCUUUCGCAACUGUAACUAAACUACCUGCCCAGGCUUUGUUACUGAAUAUACUUCAGGACCGCCUAGUGACAUUCUGCUCUGAUGCCCGAGUUUCGAUUUAUGCCCUUUCCACUAAGGACAAUGCCAGCUCUGGUGCUUCAGUUGAUGUCACAGCUCUUCAAAUGAUAGACAUCAGCGCUCUUUGUGUGCAUCCUGCUUGUGUUGUAUCUCUUGCUCUCACUCCUCUUCGUACUGAGUCAGGAAGGAGCCAGCAAAACACUCAGCAGAUGGAAAGUAUUGUUAUGAAUGUAAGUGGGAGGUUGCUAAUGGUCCAAAGAGAACAUGGAAGAAUAGAUCCCCGCACACCUCACAGUGAUGAGCUGUUUCAUUGCACUCCACCCACUGUUUUGGCUUCUUGUGUUGAGCAUGUUUGGGUGCCUAACCGAAGUGUUAUAGAAAAGCCACAUCUCACAGAGGCUUUGUGGCUGUUUUGUGGAGCCCAUGGAAUGAGAGUGUGGUUACCACUGUUUCCAAGAUCUAAAGACAACCAACAUAGUUUCAUGGCAAAACGAAUUAUGCUUCCCUUCCAUCUUCGGAUUUAUCCUUUAGCUAUACUGUUUGAAGAUGCUAUUCUCCUAGGAGUUGAAAAUGACACUCUUCUUUACACGUCAGACCAAAAGAGUCCAUUUUCUCUUCCAUUUUGUGUUUUAGAGCGAACUAGCCAAGUUUAUCUCCAUCAAAUUCUACGUCAACUUAUAAGGCGCAACUUGGGUUACCAUGCAUGGGAAAUCGCCAGAAGUUGUACGGCACUGCCAUAUUUUCCUCACUCAUUAGAACUACUCCUUCAUGAGGUUUUGGAGGAGGAAGCAACAAGCAAACAACCUAUUCCUGAUGCUUUGUUGCCUAGUGUAGUUGAGUUCAUUCAAGAGUUCCCAGUCUACUUAGAAACAGUUGCUCAUUGUGCAAGGAAAACUGAAAUUGCAUUAUGGCCGUACCUUUUUGCUGCUGCAGGCAAACCCAAAGACCUCUUUCAAGAGUGUUUGGCUAGAAGGCAGCUUGAUACUGCUGCUUCAUAUUUAAUUAUACUUCAGAAUCUGGAGCCAUCAUCCGUAAGUCGGCAAUAUGCUACACUUCUGUUAGAUGCAGCUCUUGAAAACUGUCACUGGGAGCUUUCUAAGGAUUUAGUUCGAUUUUUAAGAGCCAUUGACCCCAAUGAUGUGGAGUCUCCACGAGCAUCCUUUGUCCUACCAGGCCCCACUCUGCGCUAUGGUUUAAGUCCGCAGUCUCCUCCUCUCAGUCCAAGUCAAGAGGACCUUACCCUUGUUCUUGGCACCAUGCAUCUCUCAAGAGGGCGCAGUUUCAGCACUACCCUUACGCCCAAACUUGAUGUAGGAUCAAAGGAGGGAAGCAAUUUGUUACCUUUACGGCGUGACAGCAUUUUGAAAGGACUCCCAGGAGCUCCAGCUCCCACGCCAGGAGUAGCUGUACCUCUGCGUCGUAAGAAAUCUGUUCCCACUGGAAGAGGAGACUCAAGGGAUAUCUCUGGCUCUGCGGAAGAGUUUUUCAUGGACGUGAUUCUCCAGAGGCACGCUCGCCGGUUGCUCUCGGCGCGCCGUUUGGCUGACUUGGGUCGCUUUGCCGCGCGGCUCGACUUCCACCUCGUGGCGUGGCUGGCGCGAGAGCGCGACAGGGCGGCCCGCGUGGACGACCCGGUGGCCUCGCUGCAGCAGCUGCACUCCGACUUCAGCUGGCCCCACCCAGCAGUGCUGUCUCCCCUGGCGCAUUGCCUGGACAGGAACAAGUCGAGUAUUCUCACAGAGGAGCAUUUGCAGUCUCUCAGCAUCGACGUCACCAGCUUACCGACAGGUGUUGUUGGAAAUUUAGGAAGUGGCAGUCGGAUAGGUGAUAGUGGUUACAUGAGCCAGUCUGGGGUCCCUAAUAGACUUCUUCCUCACAACUACUCCGAGUACCUCACUAGUCCAAGUUGCAUCGAGGAAGCGAGGCUUGUUCCUCACACCAUUGCAGAUGAUCGAAGCAUUGUUAGUGAGGAAAGCUCGUACUGGGGAGAUGAAAAAGAACGAGAGAGAGGGCAAUACUCUCCAGAUGAUGCCAGCGGUACAUGGAGUCAUGCUGCUGCAGACAUGACUAGCACCCUUGAGCAAUUAAACACUGAAUCAUCCAAUAAAGGUUCACAGAAAUCUGAAGUUCAGUUGAGAUAUCUCCUUCAAUUGAUGACAGAAGCUGGGUGUCUUGAGUGGGCUUUGAUUUUAGCUAUUUUACUUCAUGAUGCCAUGGCAGUUGUCCGAACAACAGCUGCUGCACGUGCCCCAUCCCAGUCAUACACUUGUGUGCUUCGACUGCGGGAUACCAUUACUACACUCACAAGUUGGAGUAACACAGAAUGCCUGGGGUAUAAACCGUUCAUGAUGGCAAUUCAGGGCCAAGUUGGAGUUCUCACAAAGUUAAUGACUAGUAAACAGCAACAACACCAACUCCAGCAGUUUCAACUUCAUCAACAACUGCAUCAACAGAGUUUGUUGCAAGGGACUCCACCACCUACUUCUAAUAAUGCUUACCCUAUUGAUGAUAGCGCCAAUCAGGAAUGUUACAAUUCUGAGGUGUCUUUGGCCAAAGUGGAGCGUGCUGUGGUGACACCAAGUAGUAGCCGACCCCGAUCUGAUACAGCCAGCAGUUCGUCAACAGUCACCACGGGCCCUUGCCCUAGCUCUGGAGUUUCUGCUCAAGAAAGUGGGGUUGAUAUUGUUCAAGAGGGUGUUGAUGUUGGAAAGGGAGAUGACUCGUACCCACUGCCCCUUGAGGCAAAGCCAGAAGCUGAGGCGGGUUGUAUCAUUUCAUAGGUAGAGUGUUUCUGAAAAUCUUCUGGUCAGGCAUGGAUAGGUCAAUACACUUUUGGAUCUAGGUUAAAGGAAAACAAUAUGCUCUGCUAAUAUGGAGUAUUCACUCCUGCUACCAUGUUGUUAUAAUUGCAAUUAUCAGUCAUCCUCAGCAUUGGGCUACAGCAUGUCUAAUGGCUGCAGAAUAUUUAAUCAAGGUAUUCAUUUGCUCAACAGCACAUUUCUAUGUAUUUGCUGUUUAAAAGUAUAUCUCAAGAAGCACUAACAUCACAUUUCCAUCCAAACUAAAGUUUCUCUAAUGCAGAGCAUUUAUUUUGGGCCAGAUGUGGUGCAUUUGCGUAUGAUGUAUGAUGAACAUAGUUUAGAACAUGUGCGCGAAGUUGUGUACAUAAAUUGCAUGCAUCAUAUAUUCAAUUUCUUGACAAUACUGCCUAUUUCAGGUGUUACAGUAGCUGUUUAUAUAUUAACAUUACUUAAAACUUACCUAAAAUUUGGAAAAUGUGCCAUGAAGUUUAUAAAACUAAAUAAUAGCAACUAGUUAUAUGCAAAGAAUGUGUAUGAAGGAACGGCACUCGCUCUUUGCUUUACUUUAUUUGCUGUCUCUUCUUGAGACCAGGUGUAUUAUGCUCAGAAUGUUUGUUAUUGUGGUGUGAUGAAUGUGCCUUAUUGUUACAACAGAGCUCUCCUUUUGAGAUUGGGUUUAGGUCGAAGGCUAGUAUUAUGCUCCUUCACAAAGGAAGAAAAGAUGCCCCUUAGUUUGUUUGGCGUUUUCAAACUCCAGUAGAAGGCCGUCCUCUGUCCUCAAAACUGUAAUUAUUAAAUUUAAUCCCUUUUAGUGUACUUUGGCUCUCAAAUUCUAAAACUACAGACCAUGGCCAGUGAGUGAACACCCUUGUUAGACGAACAUUCAGUUGUUAUUAAUAAUACUAAAUGUACUAGAAGCCGUCCCCCAAAAGACCCCCUACUUAUUCUGCUCAAAUUUUCUCAUUUGAGUUUUUAGGCACCACAAAUUUGUAGAACUUUUUGUGGCAUCGUUUUCAGGACUGCAAUAUGUCCAAGUGCCUUUUUUCUAAAAUUUCCCCCCUAUUUUAAUGGUGCUUUCUGGUGGUGUUUUACCCUCCCUUUCAAACCACUGCUCUGUCUGUACAUAUUCAAUUCAAUUAGUUACGUAAUGCAUUGCUGCUCAAAUAAAAUCCCAUGGAAAAUGAGAUUUGUUGUUUUGGGGUUUUUUUAAAUGCUGAAGAUGUAAAUGUGUCUGUGUAUAUUUUGAAGGUUGGCUUUGCUUUGAAGUAAGGCUUUUGUUUAUCCAUUCCAUCCAUCCCAGAUUUUUCUGAAAUUACUAGCAAUAAUAUUUCAUUCAGAGCCUGUGCUGUAUUAAUUUCUAUGGGAGUGGGAACAAUAUAGCAGGUAAUCUGACUUGUAUUGGUGUAUUUGUGCAUUGUUAGGUGUCCUUCUUGAUAUGGGGUAAAUUAACUAUAGAUAAACAUUUCAGUUUUGCACCAAGUCUUCUUUUGAUGCACUAUUUAUAUAAUUGUGAGAUUUUUUUACAUGGCGACACGUGUGUGAAGUGUUGGAGAAUGAGCUGUGAUUGACAGCAAAGCACAUUUGCAACAUAGAUGUGCAAGCGUGUGAUUGGUCUGAACUGUGGACUAAGACAUUAUCGUAGUACUGAAACUCAGAAUGAAACUGCAAGUUAAGACUGCUCACUUCUCAUAAUUUUCCUCUUUGUGUGCUCAUUGUUAAUUUUGUGUCCCUCUCUAUGUAUAACUCAUGGCCCCUUCUUAACGAUAAUAAAUUGUAAUUUCAAAAUUUCCAUUGUAUAUGGAUUGAUGAUAUUGUGCCAAUGAGGUUGUAUGAACUGUAGAUAGUACAAACAUAUGUAAAUGAAUUUUUGUUCACUUUCUGCAGCAGUUUGCAUGUAAUACUCAUGAAACAGAAGUCUUGUGUCACAAAGCACUCUGAAUUGUUUUUUUAAGUGCUUAAUGUGCCUUUGUUAGGGAAAAUAACAGCUUUAUGUGUUAUCACCUACUUAUUAUGUUGUUUCUCAUAACUCAGAUAUAACUGCCAAAGGGAAAGAGAUAGCAGCGAAUAGUGCGCACUGGCUUUAACUCAUGUGAUGCUUUCGUCAUUAUGUGGACUUAGUGUGCAGUACAAAAUCAUGAUGUUUUGAAUUCUGCAGGAUCUGAGCCAUUACAUUGGCAAGAUUGCUCUGAUUUUGUAUUUUUGUUUUAAGUCAGUGUCUUGCCCUUUGAUCCAACUGUAUGUCUUUGAACUUAAUUCUUUUGUUUUACAAAGAGGAUCUAGGCAAUCUUUUGUUUUUAUAUUUUGUCAUAUGAAGUUGACUGAAAUUUGUGUCUUGUACAUUUUCCUACCUAAAACAUUGACAUGCCUAUUCCAUUGUAAAGUUUUGUGAUAAUAUCUUAUUAAGAAUAAUUUAUCCUGUUUUAUCUGUAAAUACUUUUAUUGUUUAUUUGAUGUAGAUGACAUCAAAAUUUUUAAUUAUUGUGUUGCUUUGUAUUAUUAUAUACUCUGUACUGAUUUCGCCGGACGAAAUUCAGGUCUGGAUUAGUUGUGUGUGCUUUGCUUUGCUCUGUUUCUGAACCAAAGUUUGCUAAAAGUUGCAUACAAUAUGAAUUACCACAUGUAGAAUUUCUGUUAUGAUUUAGAUUUUGUUGAUAUUUUAUCUAGACUGUAAUUUGACUGAUCAGAUUGGCAUAAAUAAUUUGAUGCUUCAUGAUAGCUGCCUCAGUUUGUCUUUAUCUUGUUUUGUUAAAGUUGUGAUGAUACAGGUGACUUAUCACCCCAUUUCAUCUAUACUACCACCUGUGUUGUAUUAACACACUUUUAAAUUCUUUCUUACAAGUGCUUGACAAAGAUGGCUGGUCAAUCAAACCUCUAUCCAUUCUGUGUUAAUUCUUUCUUGCACUUUAACUGUAGCUGUGGGUUUGUGUUUGCAUAAUCUUGAAGCUAUGACUACUGUAUUAAAAUAGUGCUUUAAAUGAUCGUAUUACAAUCAGCUGGUCAAAUAACCAAGUACUUAUAUUUAGUCUGUCUUAAAAUUUUAAAGCUAAUUAGCAUCACAUGUGUGAUCACUCAUAUAUUACAAUGGAUCUGCUUCUGCUGCAUUGUACCAUUCGACCAAAACCCUGAGAAUGUACCAAUCAAGAACUCUUGCAAGCGAAUCUUAAACAAAAUAUAUUUUUCAAGACACUUUAA